CUGUCUCUAGGGAGGGUGGGUCCUCCUCCCCGGCCGUCCCUUCCCCACUUCCGGCGGAAGCGGCCUCAACAAGGGAAACUUUAUUGUGCCGUGCGGCAGUGCCGGCGACGAUGUCGGUGAAUUAUGCAGCCGGGCUGUCCCCGUACGCGGACAAGGGCAAGUGUGGACUGCCGGAGAUCUUCGACCCGCCCGAGGAGCUGGAGCACAAGGUGUGGGAGCUGGCGCGGCUGAUGUGGCAGUCCUCCAGGGUGGUCUUCCACACGGGCGCCGGCAUCAGCACCGCCUCUGGCAUCCCCGACUUCAGAGGCCCCCACGGCGUGUGGACCAUGGAGGAGCGUGGCCUGGCCCCCAAGUUUGACACCACCUUCGAGAGCGCCCGGCCCUCGAAGACCCACAUGGCCCUGGUGCAGCUGGAACGCGUGGGCUUCCUCAGCUUCCUGGUCAGCCAGAACGUGGACGGGCUGCACGUGCGCUCGGGCUUCCCCAGGGACAAGCUGGCGGAGCUCCACGGAAACAUGUUUGUAGAGGAAUGUCCCAAGUGUAAGACGUGAGUGUCACUGUGCAUGUGAAGGCCAGGAGGGGCGGGGCUUAGCCAGGCUCUCCCAGGGUGGGGUGCUCCCAGGUUCCUCCCCUAGGGAAGGCUGGGAGGUGGCCUGUCUCCAGGGACAGUAGGAUGAAAACAGACUGGAAGUAGGCAGAUCCUUCCUUUGCAGUCCCCCAAGCAAGGAGCUACAAAAUGGGGUGACACAAGCCACGCCCUAGGAAAUGAGGGGUCCUCCCUCCCCCCACUCACA